AUGUCCGCCACCAGCCUCCGCCGCGGCCACAACCAAUCGUGGCUUGCCACGUCUCCCCGUGCCACCUCACCGCACCUCCCUCCGCCGCAGGCCCGCCAGGCCCACGGGGAGCCCGCCCCGGGCCCGAUCCCGCGCAUCGUGCCCGCUGCCCUAGCGCCGCCGCCGGAGACGUGCUCCUCCGCCGCCUCCGUGCCCGACCCCGUCGCCGGCACGCCUCCCGCCGCCUCCCGCCGGGUCGCCGCCGCCGCCUCCUACUGUGGGCGCCCGAGCCCGAGCGCUCCGCGCCCGCGUCGCCGGUGCCCCGCCGCCGCGUGCUCGCCGCCCGGCGCCGCCGCCAGUCCGCCGUCGACCGGCUCCGCCCCGCCGCCGCAGGGCUCCGCCCUCGCCGGCCCCUUCGGCUUCGGGAUCAAUAUUGUUUGA